AUGCGCCCAUGCCGAAUCAAUUGGAACGCCGGCAGAAAGAGGAUCUCACCAGAGUUUGGUCAUCAUCAGCACCUUCAUGCCGAACAAACGCAAACCUCACAGUCAGACUCUGUUAUGGAAACACCGGUAGCCAAGUAUACUGCAAGAUUUGAGGAAUGGCCACUACCGAACUCGUUCUUGCAGCGUACCACGAUAGGCACUCGAACAACCUUUCGGCUCGGAAUUACAUGGAAUGCCAACACGUUCGGGGACUGCCAUCAAACGGGAAGCUGGGAUCUUGACGGCGCACGACUGGAAUCUGUUGGCAACGAUGCCUUCCAGCUCCAGUUUUCUUGGGACAAACGAGCAGGCAAAAUCAUACGUUCUUCAAGCAAGCGAUCAGGCUCAGAGCAAAAGAAUAGACGAGUUUCCAAGAAGCAGCAGGUCGGAGAAUCAGGCUCUGAAGAUAAAGAGUAUGGCGUUGAGUGUCUUCUUGAAAAAUGGGGAAGAAAUACGUUCCUGGUUGAAUGGGAAGGUGGCCAGACGAGCUGGGAGAAACAAGACGACAUUAAUCCUGACCUGAUAGCAUCCCUUGAGGACGUAUUCAAAAGUUUUGGGUGUGGAAUUGAGAUACUUAAGGUUCGGCCCUUCAAGCAGGGCAGGAAUUGUUCCAGGAAGUACCGUGUCAAAUGGAAAGCGCCGGGAAGCGGUCAGCAGUCUUGGCUGAGAGCGAGCCAAAUCGACUUCAAUGUCUACGAGGGUCCGAAGCCGUGGCUGAAUUGAAGGGCCACAGGGAAGGAGGAGACCGCAUAAUGACAGGAUCCGCACUAUCAAACGGCCUGUUGAAUCCUGUACCCCAAGCGGGACGACACAGAAGCCGCCUACGAUGCGAGGAAAUACGUCCCAUAGGACCAUGGCGCGGUCUUGAUCACGAC